CGAGCAACCACCUCCUUAACCCAUUAUUCUCAUAUUUGUGCACUAACACCGCCCGUUUCGCCGUUUGGACUUUUCAGCCCAGGCGCCUUGGUCGCAUGUGCUUGACAAUGCCUGUCGGGCACUGCAGCGCUUCGCUCACCUUGCUGGUCGCUUCCCUCUUCAUCCCAGCCACGAGGCGGUAGUUUUUCCUCAGCCUUCUGCCUCAUUGACCGCUCUUGCUCCUCCUCUUCCCCCUCUUCCUCUUUUCUUCUCCUUCGUCGUUGCUACCCCCUCCGCCUCCAGCAUCUGGUUGCGACUGUGGCCGAUCGUACUGUUUGCCUCUGUCGAGCUUCACCAUGCCCACAGCUGUCGCUGAGUCCACCAGCGCCGCGCAGUUUUCCGAUUCGAGCUCCCCUGCUUCCACUGCGCCGUCCACUCUUCCCAGCGCUAUCGCCAACACUACAGCUGUGCUCAGUUCCAUUCCCACCCAGGCUGACGCCACUGCUACCACUUCUGCCACAUCUUCGAAGCCAGCGAGCAACAGUGACACUCCGGGCCGAGUUACUGUCACGACAACGACCACGAGUCUGAGUACAACUACCGGUACCAACUCCUCCUCGCCCGGCUCAGGAGGAAAGCUCUCUUCGGGCGCAGCGGCUGGAAUUGGGGUUGGAGUCGCAGUCCUGUUCCUCAUCAUCCUCUCGGUUAUCGUUGCUGCUCUCAUCUUGAGGCGGCGGCGGCGGCGGCGUGGUCUAGCCGAAAAACAUCAGCACCAAAUCAUGUCAGGUGUAUACUAUGAAAAGCCGGAGCUUGAGGACACAGGAAUGCCAAACAGAAGCUUGCUUCGCAGUGAACUGCCAGCACAGAGACCGAGUUGGGACGGUGGCGAUAUCAUUUCAGAGCUGGAGGGUUCACGGCCAAAAAUUCCGACGCGUACGACAACUGCGGAAUUGGGUGCAGAUUGAACGGAACGAAAUCAUCAUCCUGCACCAGUAUCAGCUCGAGGGUGAAAACGCAUAUGUUUUGUUGUCCGGGACAAAAUCGCCACCGCAGCUGGAGCUGGCUGGUGUAGACUUCUUUCCGCCACAUUGAGUGAGAAUCGUUGCCUCAACGGUCUGCACGAACCAAGACCAAUUUUCCGUGGACUGCAGAGUUAUUGAUCCUACUGCGCAAUUUCACCGGCCCAGUAGGCGAGAAGGAACGCAAUACGACCCUUGUUAUGUUCAGUUGCGGACUGGCAGCUGAAGCGAAUCCCAUCAUGAAACAUGACAACGGUGUGCCGCGAAGCACAUGUAAUAUAAGAACGUAAGUCAGCUGAGACCAUCACAACUUCCAUGAUCCUCAGACAUAUAUGGCGAAAGAGUUCUGCCUCUCUCAUUCACCUACCUCUUGCGCUCCCUUAUUGUCGUGCUGAAUAGAUGAAGUAUCACAGGGCAAGCCAGGGGAACUUACACAACCUUGUCUUUUCAAUUUGCUAGCCUCGUCAUUGUGGCCAAGUGACUGUGUAAUCUCCUGCGCAUGCCAUGAGGCUCUUUGUCCUCGUCUCAAAUCCUUUCGUAGUUGUUUCAAACCCUUCACAGGAUAGAUUGGGGAUGGGAAGAAGUGCCUGCUGGCAAGACCCUUAUUGUCCAGGAUUCGAUGCCUUGUUCGACGAGAGCCACACUCUAGUCCUUUCGAGGCGGUGCAAACAAUGGCAUGAAGGUCGAGCUGUCAGACGAACUCUCAUUUGACGUGUCGCCGUUCAGCCUCAUGCAAGCCCGUUGUAUCUGAUUACGCCACACCUGUUCCUCUUCUGUAUGUAGC